AUGGCGGGUCAACCAGCUCAGGCCGACAGAGGUCUUCAGCAGGGUGUCCCAACCAAGCAGCACUUGGCAGAACAGCCACAAGUAGCAAUGGUUGAAUCAACUGGCGACGACAAGACCAUGAAGAAGGACAUGAUGGCCACAUAUCGUUCGUACGAGCCGGAAUUCUCGAGAGAGACGGAGAAGCGCUUGGUCAAAACCAUAGACCUCCGGCUCCUGCCUCUCAUUGUGACAAUCUACAUCUUCAACUACCUAGACCGAAACUCGAUCACACAGGCGCGUCUCUACGGCUUGCAGGAGGACACUCAUGUGUCGGGCGUAGUCUACAACACAGCCAUCUCCAUCUUCUCGGCCGGCUAUAUCGCUAUGCAGCUCCCUUCGACGCUGCUGAUGGCCAAGGUCCAACCUCAUAUUUUCCUGCCCGGCUGUAUCGUUACUUGGGCUAUCGUCAGCGGUCUCACAGCCACAACCACGAGCCCAGGCGGCCUGCUCGCUGUCAGGUUCGUGCUGGGUCUCGUCGAAGCUCCUUUCUUUCCCGGCGCAAUCUACUACCUGAGCUGCUGGUACACUAAACGGGAGCUUGGGGUCCGCAUGGCUAUGCUUAUCUGUGGCCUGCUCUUGUCCAACUCCUUUGCCGGGUUGAUUUCUGCGGGCAUCCUGUCAGGCAUGUCUGGUGUUGGCCACCUGGCGGCCUGGAGGUGGCUCUUCAUCCUGGAGGGCAUCGUCACAGUCAUAGUGGGCACAACAGCCUUCUUUGUCCUGCCUGAUUAUCCCAGCACGACAAGGUGGCUCAGCGAAGAGGAGAAGAUCGUCGCACAAUGCCGAUUGGCUAUCGAUGCUGGCAGCGACGAGGCCUUGACAGAGGGGGACGGGGAGGUGUCUAUAUGGACCGGGCUGGCAUGGGCGUUCCGAGACUACCGCGUCUGGCUCUUCGCCUGCCUUCAGAUGUCAACCACAGCAUCUAUCUCAUUCUCCCAUUUUUUCCCAACUCUUAUCCAAGGUCUCGGAUUCAAGAACAACACCAUAGUACUGCUACUGACCUCUCCACCUUACCUGUUCUCGUUCAUGUGGGCUCUCGGUUUCGCGUGGGACGCCGACAAGAGGCAAAAGCGAUCUCCUCACGCGGCCAUAUCGGCAGUGACAGCCAUUAUUGCUACUGUCAUCACUAUUGCUCUGCCAAGCCAGCAGUGGGCUCGCUACGCCAUGACAUUUUUCGUGUGCUCUGGAACCUUUGGCAUCUAUUCCACCACAUACACCUGGCUGUCGUCAACUAUAGUCAGGCCUCCGGUCAAGCGUGCCGCGGCCAUAGGCAUUGCCAACACUCUGGCUAAUAUUGCUUCCCUGUUCGCCAACUACUUUUGGCUCGAUAAGUACGAACCGUACUUUAGAGAAUCAUGGGCAUGUAUUCUAGCUUUCCAGGUCUUCGGGCUUUCCUGCAUAUUGGUGUUGCGCUUCUUGCUGAAGAGGUCCAAUUCCAAGUUCGACAAGUUGGCGGAGCAGAUUGAUGCACACGAUGAGCAUGCAAUCGGGGAACUGGAUGAGGUUUCACAGAGAGCAGUUCUGAAUGGCUUCAGAUACGUCGUCUAA